AUGAAUAUUUUAUGUUUCUGUUGUAAAUCUUAUCACUCAAGAUUAGAAAAUAGUUCAAAGCUUCUAUCCAAGAACGGAAAAUUAGACGCAUACUCCAGUGGUAGAUCUGAACUAGACCCUAAAGAUUUUAUAAUCACCGACAAGUGCGGUGGUAUAUAUGGCAGAAUUUCAGGGGAAAUAAACGGUCAGCAAUUUUUAAUCCAGAAUUGUAAGUGUAGCUAUCCAGGUUUAGAAGAUCAUUUUGUUGCAUCUGGCCUCAGUAUAUUUAAUUGCAAUUGGUAUGAUAUCUAUGAUUUCACCCCGGAUGAAAAUACUGAUGCUGUUCAUAUUUCACUGCUAAAAACGACUGAUUCAAUAGAUAACCAUAUUUUAACACCACAAAAGGCAUUAGAACAUGAAGUUGAAAAUAGUAAACUUGAAAAUGGCGAUGAUGAUUCCAUGUCUCUUUUGCAACCGUUAAUGUCAAUUCCAUUAUCUUUUUCAACUGAUAACUCUGUUGUUCCUUUUACAAUUGGCAAUAAAUUAUCAAAUAGUACAUUAUUUCAAUCUACUAAUCAAAUAAUACAAAAACAGUUUAAUAAAUCUGCCCUAAUUACAAUAUUUCCACAUGAAUCAGCUAUUCAGUCAGCUAAAAUAAUAUGUGAUUAUUUACGAAAAACUAAUUCUUGUACUAUUGUUCAAACUAGUUGUUCUCAAUUUUCUGAACAUGAAAUUGAACAAAUUUUCAAAUGUAACUCUAAGGUAUUUAAAUCAGGUAAUGUAAUCACAAUCGAAAUUACGGGAACCUCAAACACACUGGAUACACUUAGUGAAGAAAUCAUGUCUAAAACAAAUCUUACCGUAUCUAGUAAAUUAUAUAUUCAGGUCACUACAGAUUCACUAGAGACAACAAGAAGAAUAAAUUUACUCAAUGGACUUCACAGAAUGCAUAUGAACACAUGA